AUGAGAUAGUUAGAUUGAUAAGUGAAAAUGUUGAUUAAAGAUAUUUUUAUGGAGCUACGCUCGAGAUUGCGCAGCUGCAACGUGUACAUUACAACAGGAGUGGAUUUCAACAAAAAUUGCAAUCUAAAAAUCAGUAUACAAGCGAAUUGCAUUGUACUGAAUUAUUAUAAUAAUGAGAACGAUAAGUUGAAGAGGCGUGACAGUCUUUCCUCUAUUGAAAGUCUAUCAGACUGCUACUCUGACGAUGACAAUGAUGUGACAACAGUAAUUCCAAUAGGACAAUUCUGUCACAUAAUACCAAACUCUAUGUCAUGUCUCAAAAUUGAUAAAAACACCAUUUCAUUCAGAAUUUUAACCGAACCAAAGAACGGUGGGAAUUUUUACAAAGAACUUCUUUCUGCUAAUACGGAACAAACAUCCAUGAAAACAAAUGAAUUAAAAGUCAAUGUAAAGGUUAACAAAGAACUAAAAAUCAUAUGUUCCAAUUGCUCUAACAUUGUGUCCGACAACGUCAUAAAAUUCUAUAGAAUUCUGGAGUUACCAUCAACAAAUUUGGACAUGUCCGAAUGGUUUUGCCACGGGCACAAUCAUUCUCAUGAAAAUCAGACCCAAACAGAUUUAACAGUGAAACCUAGUAAAUUUGAUUUUCUCUACCGUCUGACAUUUUUUGUGAUAAAUAAUUCUAUUUUAUCGGAAAAAACGAACAAGUUUAAUUCAAAAAGAGACGUGUACCAUUGCAAUAGAUGCCUAGCUUGGCUUGGUCUCAAAAAUAAGGAUAAUACAGUAAAACUUUUCCAUUCAGAAGUAAAAACAAUACAAAACAAUACAGAAACAAGCAUAUUUGUGCACAAGAACCCGUCAGACAACCAACGUAUAGACGACUUUGUUUACACAAUAGAACAACUGACUAAAGAAUUCAACCUGGGCCUGCAAUACACAGUGACAUGCAAAAUUGUACUUGAAUGCACAGUUUCAGCUAACAAGAAGCAAUAUCUACUCAUUUGGGUUAUGGAUAAAGAGUUACAAGUUCUCAGAAACACCGGAGACCAUAUUGACGACGAUAAAGUGAAACUGCAGUCAAAUUUUUUAACGAAAAUUCUUUAUAAAAUUGAAUCAUCACUCAAUGAGGAUGUUGAAGCUUGGCUCUCGGACCCAGGUGUGGUUUCAACGGAGAUAUCAAAGAAUAUGCUCUGUACAGGCUUGGAACAUUUGCAAAAAAUGUCUUUGAAUAUGCCAGAAUCGUUCCGCAGUACUAAUGGGUACUUUGUAAGCUAUUUGAAGGUGUAAUAAAUGUUGCAG